UUUCCCUCAAACUCUUGAAACCUAGAACAUAUUAACUUCAAACUAUUUUUCUAUCACUGCUUUAAAAACUCUCUCCCUCUUCUCCUUCUCCAAGCUCUGUUACUGACUACCAUGGCCGCCACCAAUUUUUCCCCCGUCUCUUCCUCUCUGUCACAACCCACUCCUCUCUCUCGAAACCUACCACAUACUUAUCUCUCUCUGCCCUCCAAAACCCUCCCAAAACCCUCGUUCCCUCUCAAACCGCACUUUUACCAAUACCCCACCGCCUCUCACCCCCACAAAGCCCCUCUCACGGCCUCAUCAAAAAACCCUAUCUCCGACUUUUUCCCCUCAAAUAAACCGUACCCAGAUGACCAUUCUGUGGAUUUCGAUGACGACGAUAAGCCGCGCGAAGAGUGCGGCGUCGUUGGCAUUUUUGGCGAUCCAGAGGCCGCUCGGCUCAGCUACUUGGCUCUCCACGCGCUCCAGCACCGUGGCCAGGAAGGCGCCGGCAUCGUCGCGGUGGAUAACGACGUGCUUCAUUCGGUUACCGGGGUGGGAUUAGUCUCCGACGUGUUCAGCGAGUCGAAACUCGAUCAGUUGCCUGGAGAUUUGGCUAUCGGUCACGUCCGGUACUCGACGGCCGGUUCGUCUAUGCUCAAGAACGUGCAGCCCUUUGUUGCAGGGUACAGGUUUGGCUCUGUUGGGGUUGCCCACAAUGGUAAUUUGGUAAAUUACCGUUCUCUUCGUGCUAAUCUCGAAGACACUGGUUCAAUUUUUAAUACUAGCUCUGAUACUGAGGUUGUGCUUCAUCUUAUUGCUAUUUCAAAAGCGAGGCCUUUUGUUAUGAGGAUUGUUGACGCGUGUGAGAAGCUUGAGGGGGCUUAUUCAAUGGUUUUCUUGACCAAUGAUAAGCUGGUUGCGGUGCGAGACCCUUAUGGGUUUAGGCCUUUGGUUAUGGGAAGGAGGAGCAAUGGUGCUGUAGUGUUUGCAUCUGAGACUUGUGCGCUUGAUUUGAUUGAAGCCACAUAUGAGAGGGAGGUCUUUCCUGGUGAAGUUGUGGUGGUUGACAAAACUGGGAUUUACUCACUCUGCCUAAUGCCUCAUCCUGAACCGAAGCAGUGUAUCUUUGAGCAUAUAUACUUUGCUUUGCCCAAUUCGAUUAUUUUCGGGCGGUCUGUGUAUGAUUCUCGCCGGAGGUUUGGUGAGAUACUUGCAACUGAGUCCCCAGUUGACUGUGAUGUUGUGAUAGCGGUGCCGGAUUCCGGGGUAGUGGCUGCACUUGGUUACGCUGCAAAAGCUGGAGUCCCAUUUCAGCAGGGUUUGAUAAGGUCACACUAUGUUGGCAGGACUUUCAUUGAACCAUCACAGAAGAUAAGGGACUUUGGUGUGAAGCUUAAGUUGUCACCUGUGCGAGCAGUGUUGGAGGGGAAGAGGGUUGUGGUUGUGGAUGACUCAAUUGUGAGGGGAACAACUUCUUCAAAGAUUGUUAGGUUGAUAAAGGAGGCAGGAGCUAAGGAAGUUCACAUGAGGAUUGCAAGCCCACCAAUUAUCGGGUCUUGCUAUUAUGGAGUGGAUACACCUAGUUCGGAGGAGUUGAUUUCCAAUAGGAUGAGUGUGGAGGAGAUUAAGGAGUAUAUUGGGUCAGAUUCACUUGCUUUUCUGCCAAUGGAUAGCUUGACGAAGUUGUUGGGUGAUGAUUCUCCCAACUUUUGUUAUGCUUGCUUCUCUGGGAAGUAUCCUGUUGAGCCAACAGAGCUUAAGGUGAAAAGGGUUGGUGAUUUUGUCGAUGAUGGAAUAACUGGGAGUCUAGAAUCCAUUGAUGGUGGUUGGGUAAAAGCAAAACCAAAGUCAGAAUUGGAGGUUGGCAGUGCCUAAUGGCUGCUAUACAUUGACGGUUUUGUUCGUCGCAAUUUGUCGGCUUUACAGUAUAGAUGCUUUUUGUGAUCCCCAGUGCAGGAUGUAGGGCUAUCAGAUAUGAGAUGUGGUGAGUGAUAGAUGUCUCCACUGAUCUCUAAUUAUAGUACUAUGCGCUUCCUCAAAUGAUAUUUGGAUUCUUAAAGCUAAGGCUUAUACAAUUUUGUUAGUCGUACUAUUCAGUUUUGCAUCUGACUUUUAUUUGGUUUUUGAUUUCUUGUUGAUAGACAAUGUUCUUUGACCUUACUAGAUUUCUCUUGACAUGGUUUUGUUAUAAAAGGUUAAAUCUUCCGUAUCGAGAUGUGCUCUGAUAUCAAGAGUUUUUAACUAAAUCUUUCUAGUUCUUCCUA